UCCUCCGUCAGCUUCCCGCACAACCCGAUGUAUCACGUGAUAUCAAACGCAUCCAAAGCUUGAGAAUUCCACAUCUCGACAUCUGGAGCCAGGGCCGUCCUCUCAUCCGGGAUAUGAGCUCGCUAAAUAUACCUGAGUCGACUGCUCUCACUCAUCAUGGCGGCCGCACAACCCGUCGAUGGGGUCACGCACUACCAAGUCCUGAAUCUCACGCCCACCCUCAUCGACACCCAGCACGACCCCACGGCCCUCAUUAAGCGCGCCUACCACCGCGCCCUGCUGCGCAACCACCCCGACAAGGUCUCUGCCUCGCCAGCCUCAACUUCCUUUACCAUCGACCAAAUCACCACCGCCCUCACCGUCCUCUCCAGCCGCUCGUCCCGCACCGCUUACGACACGGCCCUGCGAGUCUCCCGCCCCGCAGCCAACGCCCAGAGCCGCGACGCGACGUUCCAGACGGGUGUUGAGAACGUCGACUUGGACGAUCUGGCGUACGACGACGCGAAAGAGUGCUGGUAUCGGCCCUGCCGCUGCGGAAACGACCGUAGUUAUAUCUUCCGGGAGACCGACCUGGAGGAGGUGGGGGAUGAGGGGGAGCUUGUGGUGGCGUGCUUGGACUGUAGUUUGUGGCUUAGAGUGCACUUUGCCGUCGUCGACGACGAUGAGGUACCAGAACCUGCAGCCAAAGAGAAAAGUUGAUUCUUACCUGUGCCUGGCCUUAAGACCCGUAUGCACCGUGAUGCUUUGAUACACUCCACCAAUCCCGUCUAUGAUGGCCCAGUCAAGUGCCAAGUCAUGUUGACUAAUUGCCCGGCUCACAUAUCGUUGAGUAACAGACUGCCCCUCCCCCGCCUUUGUCGGUUAGAAAUCGGAGCAACAACAAACGCAGCACGUUGCAAGGUA